CGCGGGUGCCGCAGCGCGGAGCCCGUCGGGGGGCGGCGGGGGCUGCCCGGUGCGGCCCACCAUGACCAUGAGCUCCGUGGCCGAGAGCCUGCUGGGGCCCGACCCCUCCAAAGCCGCUUUCCUGGAGCGCGGCCUCCACCCCGCCGGCCGCCCCCCGCGCCCCCCGCCGCCCUUCGCCUCCUGCGGCCGGCCCGGGCCCUGCCCCUGCCCCGGCCCCUGCCCCGGCGGCGGCCCCUACCCGCCCUGCCCGCCGCCCCCGGCCCGGCUGGCCCCCGGCGCCAGGCUGCAGGACGCAGGGCACGACAAGACCCCGGCGGCCGCCGACGGCGAGCUGCGGCUCAGCGGCCGGGGGAGGAAGGCCCGCAAGCCCCGCACCGUCUACUCCAGCCCGCAGCUGCAGGCCCUCAACCAGCGCUUCCAGCAGACCCAGUACCUGGCGCUGCCCGAGCGCGCCGAGCUGGCCGCCCGCCUGGGGCUCACCCAGACCCAGGUGAAGAUCUGGUUCCAGAACAAGCGCUCCAAGUACAAGAAGGUGAAGCAGGGCUCGAGGGCGCCCGACGCGGAGCCCCUGCCCCCCUCCUCCUUGCUGUCCCCCUGCUCCCCCGGCAUCCCCCCGCUCUGGGACCUGCCCCUGCCGGCGAAGGGGCCCCCCCUCGCCCCCAGCAGCUACGGCAGCAGCUUCGGGCCCUGGUACCAGCCGCAGUUGCCGGACACCGGCCCCCGGGCCCCCAUGAUGUGAUGCUGCCUCGGCUCAGCACCCGCCGGCUGCGGGAGGGCCGGCGAGGGGGGAGGCACCGCUCCCCAACCCUCGGAGGGGCCGGGAGCCCCCGCGGAGACGCUGCGUCGCCCCAGCGAGCCCAGGAAGGGGGAGGAGGAGGAAGGCGACCGCUGUCUGCAGGGACCCGGCGAGCGGCCGCCCCGUCGCGGGCGAAGCCAGGCGGCUCCGGCACGGACCCCGGUGGGCGCUUCCCGGUGGGCAGGACUCGGAGCCCCCGGAUCCCUCCGCUGAUGGACGCAGGAGGGGUCUCCGGCGAGGGGGGCUCGGUGCAGCCCCGGGAGCCACCUGGACUAGGGGACACCCCCAGCCUGGCUUUAUUUAUGACGAUCGUCCCCUGUUGUGUGUGUGUCCCCUUUAUAAACAGGCUGUACGACUGUAAAGUGGCGGCUGCUCCUCGGUGCCUCCCGCUCCCGUCGGUGCGUUGCAGGGGGCUUUCGGGCGAGAGCGAGGGGAGAUGCUUGGAAAAGCUCCUGGGAAAAUAGCACCGGGUGGCCAGGAGCACGGGAAUGGGGGGCCGGGGCUGACCCCCCCCCGCUCCACAUCUGCGCGGGACCCACCGCUAUUUUCAGACAUGCGAUCGCUGCUCCAAAACGGAGGCGCAAUUAUAGUAAUUGUGGGCCCGGGCCCCUAAGAGAGGGGGCUUCUCGCCGCCUCCUCAGGGUAAUUACAGGCAAUUUGCAGCUGUGGAA